GACAAAAAUCUGUAAGUGCAAUAAAUGAGGGGCAUUUUUGUCCUAAUAUCCCAUUGUUUGCGCGCGCAAUCAUGACAUUCCCGUCUCCCUUUUUCUCUACUUUUGGCGCGAAACUGAAACACCUGCCCUCUCUCUGUAGAGUUCAGACUUCAGUAGAAGAGAAGAAUACAUUUAAUUAUUAAAAUUUGAAAACAACCAAGAAAUAUUUCGGUUCUUAACUAUCAAUGGCGUCGGGUUCUGGAUCGGGUUCGGGUAUUCCAGAAACUGACGACUACGAAUCGUUAGUUUCGAUGACGGAUGUGGACCAUCUGAAGAGGAUUUGGCGACGGGAAAAAGCGGCUCCGGAGAUUUUUCAGUUCGAGACUGCUUUGAUUGAUCGAAUCAGAGAACAAAUCCAGUUGAUGGAAGAGACUGUAGAUGAAUUUGUGGAGAGUGGAGUCGAUCCGCUGACAGUAUCUCUCUACCAGAUGGAUUUGGACAGAACUCAAUUCUUGUUGAGGUCAUACCUUCGUAUUCGUCUCCAAAAGAUUGAGAAAUACAUGUUCCACAUCGUGAAGUCAACUGACCUCUUCAAUCGUCUUUCAAAACAAGAGAAAUCAUUUGCUGAAAGGUGUUGUGAUGAUUUGAAGAUGCAUCUUGAAGAGAGUAUUCUCUCAAGGUUACCCGAAAAUUAUCAGUCUAUACUCCAACAAUCAAUAAUAAGUGAAGAGACUGACAUGGUCCCAAAACCGCAGUUGGACGUGUUUGUCGUCUGUAAGACCAAGUAUUAUCUUGGACACAUUCAGCUUGAGGAUAUGGAUGAUGGGAAUCCAGAUCACAGUGGAAAUCAGAGACCGUUAGAGGAACCUUUUGAAAUGGAGCCCAAUGUGUUGUACUUUGUUCGUUACAAGCCGAUAAAGAAGUUUGUAGAGGAGGGAAGAAUUGAUUUAUAUUGAAUAUUCAACCCAUUCAAGGGAAAACAAAAACUAUUAUGUCAGUUGGCCCUUCCUAUGAUAAUUUGGUACCUUGUUUCUCAUUGUGUUACCAAUCUAUUAAUUAAUGUUGGUGAUAUGCCAGUCAUGCUACUACUGCCUUUUAGCAACUCAAAGAACUAACUAGGAAGGACAAAAUGUGGAGGGUUGAUUGAUCAGCUUGUUUUGUCCUACCGUUAGAAGCAUAAUGGAUGACUCUAAUAAUUGACUAAACUAUUCAAGGGUCACACAUUGAUUUGGAAGUGUCUCGUGCCAAUCGAAGUAUAACGUGUUGAGUGUAUGGGUCGUAAGAUAAAUGUUCGUUCCCAUGUUACUGUCAAUUUAGCUUUACAAAUGACAUUGACGAGUCAUUGUGGUAGAUAUGCUAAUAUGUAGAAAUGUCUUUUAAGUAUAAAUUUCAUGAACAUUCGAUGUAAUUAAAACUUUACUAGAACUACCAGCUCUAUCUGCAGAAUCUGUUAUAAAAAAGUUAAUCAUAUUUACUUAGUAAGAAAAA